UUUUUUUGGGUGUCUACUUUAGUGUUCGGGUACGAGCCACAUUUGGUAUUACCUAUUGCUGUAUGCGCGCUUGCUGAUCACACUGGUUUCAUGCCAUUGCCAAAGAUCAAGGUCCUUGCAAGUAGUGCUGUGUUUUACACACCAUUCUUGAGGCAGAUAUGGACAUGGUUAGGGCUGGUUCCAGCGUCCAGAAAGAAUUUUUACUCGUAUCUGAAAGCUGGCUAUAGUUGCAUAGUAGUGCCUGGUGGUGUUCAGGAAAUUAUCCAUAUGGACCAUAAAUCUGAGGUGUGCCUAAAACCUUGAUUUUUUUUCUUUUUC